AUGAACGCGAAGGCGGCGAAAGCGCAGACGCAGAAGAGGAUGGACGCCAGAUCAAGGUUCGCGGAUGAAUUGGGCGUGAACAGGGACAAGAUCCGGUACUCGCAAUCCAACUACCACUAUGAAAUCCAGAAAUAUGGCAACACCGUCAAUGCCAAACAGAAGGCCGGCAAACCAUUUUUCAACUCGAAAAUGGAAAGGUUGCAGAUGGUCGAUGCCGCGGCUGGUCUACAAACCGGUCAGGCCAUCUGCGAACUCACCGGGUUCAACCCCCGCCAGGAGUUGGACAAGCUGAUCGGCAAGGACAUCAUGCCAAAGGUGAUGAUGGCGUGGAAGAUCAUCCAGGGGCCACUGCAAAUAAUCGGAGCGCUCUACCCGCCCCUUGGGAUUGCGGUCGGCAUCGUCAGCGGGAUCAUGAUGCUGCUCGACCAGCCCCCGCCCACGGAUGCCCCGACCCCGGACCCGAUCUACGACUACCUGGCCGAGAUGCACAAUUCGCUCUCCAACCAGCUGGCCGACCUCAGCGACCAGAUGACGAAAGGGUUCAAAGACCUGAAUCUGGCCAUCGAGAAGCAGACCCAGCAGAUCCUCGACCGGAUUGAGGACGAGUGGGUGCGAACGACCAUCAGCUCGCCGAUGAAGAUUCUGUAUAGUCGGUUGGACACCUUUAAAGAAUUCGGCGAUCGGCUGUCGUGGCUCGAAUUUGAAUACGCGAUCAAGCAGUACGAUCCGUAUGGGGUGGCGAAGCGCAUCACCGAAGAGUACCGGGAUCGAAUGAACUCCCGCCUGAAAAGCCACGAUUUUGACCCGAACAUCCUCGACGAGACGAGCCGCCUGUUGCUGAACAUUCAUUUCCAAGCGAUCGUCCCAUUCUCCACCUACCACGGAGCCAUCUGGACGAACGACACGAAGUCGCUGAAGGCCUACCUCGACCGGAUGGAAGACGACUACAACGCGUUGCUGGCGAUGGAUACGGAGCUCCGCCAAAUCUGCGCCGACUACCACAUCAUCGCGCACGGCGAUUCACAAAAGGGGCAGGAAGUACUCGCGAAAUUGGCCCAGGGCGUCUUCGGCCAGAUCCACCCGCACAACGGCGAUUUCGGGGAGGCGUUCUCGGCCGCGCUGCAGGAGCGCUUUUCCUGGGUAACUGCCGACGGGAAUCGAACCGCAGCGGCGAGAUACGCAAUCGUCGCCAAGACCGUGCAGGAUAAGCAAGCUGUGCGGGAUUGGGGACCGCUGCAAGAAAUCGAAUCCGGGCUUUUCAUCGGGGCAAGGUUUCUAGCCCAACAUCCAGCCACGGGCCAAUAUUACGAAAUCUACGUCCGCUCUGUCGACCUGGAGUCCACGCCCGAAACCCGGUCAGCUGAGGAGAGCGCGCUUCGGAUCCAAAUGGGCGAGGCGCUGAUGAAGAUCACCUCCGACGAUCUGCCCAGCCUGCAGGCUUCGUAUUGCCGGCGGAAAGUCGAUUCGUUUGCCCCGGACGCCAACGGCACGAUGAUAGCGGAGCCUGGAGAUCUGGAAAAGUGCUCCGGGGCGAUGCGCAUCGAGAAAGGAGAGCUGGAUCAGCUUCACCUUUGGCCCCCGGAGGGGCAGAUAUUCAAGGAGGGCGGAGGGUUGAUUCCGGGCUGUUGCUUCGGCAAGACAAUGGCCAGGGUGUGCCACUGCGUCUUGUGGCUGAGC